GUUGUCCCCUACUUCCUCCUGAAGCUGUAGUUCGGUGACAACAGCUCAGUACCGGAUCAGCAGCCAUGGCUCAGCAGAGAGGAGUCAACAGCCUGCAGUUCAACCAGGACCAGAGCUGUUUUUGUUGUGCAAUGGAGACGGGGGUCAGGAUUUACAAUGUCGAGCCACUGAUGGAGAAGGGCCACCUGGACCAUGAACAGGUGGGCAGUGUGGCUCAGUGCUCCAUGCUGCAUCGCUCCAACCUGCUCGCCAUAGUUGGAGGUGGAGUCAAUCCCAAAUUCUCUGAAAUAUCUGUUCUGAUCUGGGACGAUGCUCGAGAGUCAAGAGACCCCAAAGAAAAACUGGUUUUGGAGUUCACCUUCACCAAACCCGUUCUGGCUGUGCGCAUGAGACAUGACAAGAUCAUUAUUGUGUUGAAGAACAAGAUCUAUGUGUACAGUUUUCCUGACAACCCUGUCAAACAUUUUGAGUUUGACACCAGAGAUAACCCCAAAGGUCUGUGUGAUUUGUGUCCCAGUCUGGAGAAACAGCUCUUGGUCUUUCCAGGUCACAAAUGUGGCAGCCUGCAGCUGGUUGACCUGACCAUCACCAAGCCCGGUACAUCUUCUGCCCCGUUCACUAUAAACGCCCACCAGAGUGAGAUCGCCUGCGUGGCCUUGAACCAACCGGGCAGCGUCGCAGCUUCAGCUUCCCGCAAAGGGACCCUCAUCCGGUUGUUUGACACGACCACCAGAGACAAACUGGUGGAGCUGCGCAGAGGAACCGACCCGGCCACCCUCUACUGCAUCAACUUCAGCCAUGACUCGUCCUUCCUGUGUGCCUCCAGUGACAAAGGCACUGUCCACAUCUUUGCUCUUAAAGAUACCAAACUUAACCGCCGCUCAGCCCUGGCACGUGUUGGGAAGGUGGGCCCUGUGAUUGGUCAGUAUGUGGACAGUCAGUGGUCGCUGGCCAGCUUCACUGUGCCUGCCGAGUGCGCCUGCAUUUGUGCUUUUGGAAAGAACACAUCCAAGAACGUCAACUCUGUCAUCG